AUGAGAAUUACAUCCACCCUCCUGGCCCUGGCCACCGUCACCACAGCCAGCCCAAUCACCAAAAGAACAACAUCAAACACAGCAACAGAUAUCUGGCCCGUCUCCAACUUCACAGUCGGCUGUUCCCCGGCCGCGUGCGUCUACAAGUUCGCCGUAACCCGAGUCGCAGGUCCCAACAACCCAGGUUUCAACACAACCUGUACAGGAAACGAUUUCACAUCUGACUGGCAUCCAUGUGCCGAUUCGUCCGUGUCCGCGAAAAUCGUGCCCAAGACGUAUCCGGAAUGGGAGGUUGAUGUUUGCCACAAAUAUGAUACGGCAGACAAAAUGGGGUGGAUUGAAGCGUUUGCAAAUGCGACGGUGGAGGAUGGAGUCGAGGGUGUUGAAUGA